ACACGAGCUCUUAGCGUGGAGUUGAAACGGGAGACAGACGGGGAGGAGGUCACAGUUGUAGUUUAAUCAAAGAAAAAAGUUACAGGAACUUAGGGGUGAAGUGGUUCAGCUUGUGGCGUUUGCAUAGUGACCGACUACAGAGUCCGCAGUAACUACUUGUUCAUAUGAAACUGUCGACCGGAGCGUUAAACGGUAACUUUUAGCUCGGGACUCGCUGACUUCUGCAUGGUCGCUAGCUAGCUAACAGUUAGCUACAAGAGCUACUUGGCUAACUAGCUGGCUAGCGAGGUCCAGCCCAAAAGUUGUUUACUUCAACUUGUGGAUGUAGUCACCCCUUUUAGCCUUUUUACUCUGCGAUUUUUCUUCGGGAUAAAAGAUUUAGGACCAAAACUUCACACUGGAUUUAACACCGCGCGCUGUUAGGAAACUAGCAGGAUGUCCACAGAGGUUGAGUGUAGUCAGGUUGAUCUAGGUUUGACAGCGGCCAGCUCCUGUGGAGGAGCGGAGGAAAAAAGCCACAACGCGUCCGAGGAGCAGAACGGAGCGGAUGAACACGGACAGGACAGCCACGGCCCCGAGGCGGCCAAGAAAUGCAAGGAAAACGAUAAGGAGAACGACCAAAGCAGCACCGCUGACUCGGCGGUGGAGACGGUGAAGAGGAAGGUUGUUGAAGCUCCGCCACCCAAAGUCAACGCGUGGACUAAGAGGACCGUGGGCAGGGUGCCCAUCACCAACAUCAGCUCCCAGGAAAAAGAUCAACAAAAUGCUCUGAAAGUCGUCCGUGCCAGCAAGACCAGGAUGAGAAAGACCAGCAAGUCCAGUGACUUCAGUGAUAUCACAAACUGGCCCACACCCGGUGAACUGGCCAAAGAGCAACAACAAAAUGUCCUCAACAACAACGGGAAGAAGCCUCCCUCCUCACGCAGAGAGAAGGAGAAGAGGAGGGAAAGACCCGAGAGAAGAUCAGAGAGCAGCCACGACCCAGGUGAGAGCAAAGAGAACCAGGAGUCCCAGCCCAGCCUGCUGGGGGAGCUGCCCAGGGAUGGAGAGUCGAAGCCCGGACAGGAGACCAACAGCGCCGGCCUGAAAAAGAGAGGAGGUGAGGGUAACAAACGUAAGUGGGUUUCUCUGCCGCUGGAGGAAGUGUCUCAGGACAACGACAAGAUGCCUGUGGAGGGCCCGACACUGGACUCAGAGCCCACGGGUGACUUGCCUGACCCCACGUCGCCAAAUCAUAUGCUCCAUAAUAGCAGGGCACAUGAUAGCAGGAGCUGGAGGAGAGAGCCGCGGGACUUUGGGGACGAUGCGUCCAGCCUGAGAAGUGACAGCGGGAGUUCCCGUGGAGGACUGAGGGGCAGGGGGAAGGGUCGAGGACGCGGUAGAGGCCGCGGACGAGGCCGUUAUGAGUACACUCAAAUAUUCCGUGAUUCUCGAUCGUCUGAUGGCUCCGCUCAGGUCCCCACAGAGUUUGGGACCAACAUGGUUUACUAUUACGACGAUGGCAACAAGGUGCAGAUGUACACAGUGGAUGAGAAGCUUCUAAAGGAAUACAUCAAACGCCAAAUUGAGUACUACUUCAGCCACCACAACUUGGAACGAGAUUUCUUCCUGAGGAGGAAAAUGGACACUCAGGGCUUCCUUCCCAUCUCUCUCAUUGCUGGCUUCCACAGAGUCCAGGCCCUCACAACCGACAUCAGCCUCAUCAUAGAGGCUCUGAAGAGCAGCACAGAGGUGGAGCUGGUGGACGACAGGGUUCGCUGUAAAGUUGACCCAGAGCGUUGGCCCAUCGCCGUCCCUCCCAUCGUGGGCUCCCCUCGGACCGACUUCACCCAGCUCAUCAACUGCCCUGAGUUUGUUCCAAGACAAACCCUCAGUUCCACAAACUCUGCUUCAUCGCCUGUGAAGGAGACUCCUCCUCUGUCUGCUGAGCUGCAGGACUCUGCUGAUGUCGGCUCCUCCAGCCAGGAGUCGCUCUCUGCCACAGACGCCCCUAAAGAUGCCCCCACGCCUAAACCUGACCCAGAUGCGUGGAUCCAGGUGGAGAAACGCCACAGACAGGCCCCUGGAAAGACAAAGCAGCACAUCUCUGAUGUGUGUGUUGCCGAGUCCUGUCCUCCCCCGGUGCUUCAACCUGACCGACCCCCUUCUGCAGGGGACAGGAAGACACCACCUCCCACCUACCAGAGUCCUCUGCCAGCUGAGCCUGACCAGGAGGAGCUGGACUUCCUGUUCGAUGAAGAAAUGGAGCAGAUGGCUCCAAAGAAGAACAAGUUCACUGUCUGGUCAGAUGAGGACGACUCGGACUACGAGUUGGACGACCAAGAUGUCAACAAGAUCCUUAUUGUCACCCAGACCCCUCCUCACCUCCGUAAACACCCUGGUGGCGACCGGACAGGCAACCACGAGUCCCGAGCCAAGAUAACCGCCGAUCUGGCCAAAGCCAUCAACGACGGGCUGUACUACUAUGAACAAGACCUGUGGAAGGGAGAGGAACAAAUUGAGUAUAGCAAGCAGGAAGUGGAAAACUUCAAGAAGCUGAGUGUCAUCAGUAAAGAUGAGUUUGACACACUUGCCCCUAAAGUGCCCAUUGACCCGAACCAGGAAGUCCCUAAUCCUCCAAUGCCAGUGGACAGUAGAGUAGAACUGGCCCAUUCUCUGCCUACAACGGUCGCAGAGUCACCCAUCGCUCACGAGCCCCGAACCCCCAGAACACCUCGCACCCCUGGACGGCAGGAUCCCAACAAGACGCCGCGCUUCUACCCGGUCAUGAAGGAGAGUGGCACCAUUGAUGGACAGACGCCAAGAAAGAAGAAGACCCGCCACAGUUCAAACCCCCCUCAGGAGGCCCAUAUUGGCUGGGUGAUGGACUCUCGGGAACACCGGCCGCGUUCCGCAUCCAUCAGCAGCUCCAACGCUUCCCCCUCAGAAGGUGCACCAUUGACAGGAACCUAUGGCUGCACCCCACAGUCUCUGCCCAAGUUCUGGCAUCCAUCCCAUGAGCUGCUGAGGGACAACGGCUUCACCCAACAAGGAUAUCACAAGUACCGCCGACGGUGCCUUAAUGAGAGGAAACGUUUGGGAGUUGGCCAGUCUCAGGAGAUGAACACUCUGUUCAGGUUCUGGUCCUUCUUCCUAAGGGACAACUUUAACAGGAAGAUGUAUGAGGAAUUCAAACAGUAUGCGCUGGAAGAUGCCAAAGAAAACUACAGGUACGGACUGGAAUGUCUCUUCAGAUAUUAUAGCUACGGUUUGGAGAAGAGAUUCAGGUUAGAUCUGUUCAAGGACUUUCAGGAAGAAACUCUCAGGGACUUUGAGAAAGGUCAGCUGUAUGGACUGGAGAAGUUCUGGGCCUUUUUGAAAUACUCAAAGAUGAAGAACCAGUCCAUUGACCCAAAACUGCAGGAACAUCUCUCCCAGUUCAAGAACCUGGAGGACUUCAGGGUGGUGCCACCAAUGGGAGAAGAGGGAGGCAGGAGAAGACAUCACUCAUCCUCUGCUGGGGAUGAAGGGAGGCGUCGGCGACACCCUUCCAACACUACCUCAAAGCCUGCGCAGGCUUCCAAAUCCUCCAGCAACGCACCUCAGCCUGCCGCCGCUGCUGCCACACAGAACAUGCCCAAAUACAACAGCCAGAAGACGGCAUCUGGAGCUGCUGCCCAGGUGAAGAAGACAGAGUCUAGAGGCGGGAAGAAGGAAACAGUUGCAUCAAAUAAAUGAAGCUGCUUGAUGACGUGUGACUUUGGAUAGAGGAGACGCAGAGCAAGGCAGCAGCAGCAGCUAUGAGCUUAGCUUUCGCUCUUUUUCAGCGGCAAACUGUUUGGUAUGAAGAGACGGAGCAUGGUCGAUGGAAUUAGAUUUUAUCAGUGCAUUUCAUUUUAAAGCAAGCAUAGGCAGCGAGCAUGAACCUGUCGCCUGACAGCUCAUAUGGUUUACAAAGAAAAAAAUGCAUUCCCUGCAUUUUGCCUUUUAUUCUCACAGAUGCCAAACUUGUCAACGUCUUUGUUGAUUUCCACAAUCUGUAAAGAGUUGUUAGACUGUGAUUCUAGUUUGCCAAUAUAAGUGACACUGCAGAUAGUCUUGUGUGCCUUAAUCUGUAACAUCAGGACAACUGGAGGUGACUUGACAAAAUGGUCCAUAUUCUGUUUCCCAUCUGAUUAUUUGGGGUUCAAUACUGACAUUUGCAUUUUUAGAGACAAUCAAAACUGAAUCAUGAAUUUGUGAAGGACUGAUCCCCAAUCCUGCUGCUUUAACCCAAUAGCCUAAAGUCUGACUGACAGGCAUCACAGCUAAACUUAAACAUUGGUUUUUAAGUAAAACCUACAGAAAUAAUAACAAAUUGAUCUGGGAAGCUUUACUUUCAGUCCAUUUUUUUACCCAGAAUUACUAUAAUUUAUUGUUUUAUUUUUCUUCCAUUUACUUGAUUUAAGGUAAGCGUUGCAGUUUUAUUGGCUUUUGCUGUUGAAUAUAAUAAAUAAGUAAAAAAUGUUUCUGCUGGCAUUGUGGGUGUGAGUUCGCAUCGUAAAACUACAAAAUAUUUUAGCUUGAAUUCAUAUCAUGUUUGAAGCUUGUGCUCUAGAGCACUUGAAUCAUACCCUUUACUUCACCAAUGGACUUAAGAGGAUUUAGAGUUGAAUUUAAAGAAAAAAUGUAAAUACUUUAAAAAACAUUUGUUAUUCAAUUAUUAUUUUGAUUUUAAGUGAUUUAUUUCAUCUGUAGUUUGGUUUUUGAGUGUUUUAGGAUAAUGUGCAUGUUGUUAAAUUGUAAAAUUGAAAAAAAAAAUAUAAAAUAACACCUGAUUGUA